GAGAUCACCUGUAGGCUUCCCAAAGAUGUGGUGAUCCCAUCAGAGGGCUUGGUGGUCAAGGUGUGUGUGGACAACGUCUGCACCGAGCUGGGUAAAGUCAUAUAUGUCAAUCUUCUGGAUCCAGUGCUGGGAAUAGUCCUGGGAACGGUGGCCGCCUUAUUGGUCUGCGCCAUAUUGGCCUUCCUGAUCUGGAAGCAGCAGAAAGUUGGAGAGAAGAAAAUUGUAGAGAAUAUGGAAUUAUUGGUGAAUAACAACAGAGAGACCAUCUCCUCCCCCAUCCAUCCCAGCCACUCAAUUCACAUCGACUACAGGGAGUCUUACGUCCCCAGCAGCAGCUCUGGUGGCGGGACCUUCCACGGGGCCCUUUACUCCGCAAACAGUAUUGGGGCCAGUUCCAUGCCGCUUCUCAUCACCAACGUACUGGACAACCUGAGGCCGGAGCUGCUGGAUGAGGUGAAGGACGUUCUGAUCCCGGAGGGCCGUCUGGUCACGCACCGCGAUCGCAUCAUUGGGAAAGGACAUUUUGGCAGUGUGUACCAUGGGACGUACAGAGAAGAGGAUGGCCGGGAGGUGCACUGCGCCGUCAAGUCUCUCAACAGUGAGCACAUA